CCGACUGUUCGAGGAUACCCGACUGUCAGUACCAAAGUACGGAGUUGAAAAGUGAUCAUGUCUGCGAAACUCAUCGUCUUCCUCGCCAUUGUUGGAGCGACCUACGCUCUUGUCGCUUCUCCUAAAUUCAGGAGGGACGUUGAGAGUGGAGCUCCAGCGUCUAACUCUUCUAACCCAUCAUCUGGUGGAUCAUCUGAGAGUGGAACUCCAGCGUCUAACUCUUCUAGCACAUCAUCUGAGAGUGGUUCUUCUAGUAGCUCCUCUAAUAGUACUUCCAGUAACUCUUCCAGUAACUCUACCAGUAACUCUUCUAGUAACUCUACCAGUGCCGAAUCCGUAGCCACUUCAGCCGAAUCCGCAGCCGCUUCAGCCGAAGCCGCAGCCACUUCAGCCGCAAUCGCAGCCGCUUCAGCCGCAGCCACUUCAGCCGCAGCCGCUUCAGCCAGAGUCGCAGCCGCUGCAGCCGAAGCCGAGGCCGCAGUCGCUUCAGCCGCAGCCGCUUCAGCCAGAAUCGCAGCUGCUGCAGCCGCAGCCGCAGCCGCAGACGCAAUUUCAGCCUCAGCUUCUAGUAGUGCCUCGUCGUCAACGAAUUCGAGAAACGACAUCCAGAAACAAGUGGAAAAACUCAUGGAUGCAAAAGAUCACACCGCCAUUUUAGACUUCGGCGGUCUCCCUAACUUGAAAUCAUGGCUGUCGCAAGUUAACUUCACCAAUGUCACUUUCGUCACCAAAGUGCCUAAGCUGCCUAGCCUGCGUCAGUUGCCCCCCAUUGUUGGCCUAAGGGAAAGAAUCGGACAGGCCAGGGCUCGUCUGCUGACUCGCCUGAAUGGUACAGCUGACAUACCAACCGCUAUCCAAGAUGCCACCAUCAAGGCUAUCCACGCCGUCAACCCUACCAAGGCUCUAUCCGAUUUGGCUUACACCAUCUUAAACACGUACUACACCUUGGCCGCGAACAGUCCAUUGCGCAUCUUGAAGACCGCCAUACUUACAGAGGGAGUACAACUGGUCACCUCAUUGCUUCAUGGUGUGGUCCGAGUUGGUGUUGAAGUUACCAUCUAAGUAUGGUGUGCUAGUACUGAAUCAACAAUUCAUGACGACGCUCGUUUGAUCAAUGGACACAGACCAAAAUUGUAAUUUCUGGCUUCGCCAGGAAGUUCUCAGGAAGUGCUGAGGGAACUCCUCAGCAUUUAUCAUAUUCGAUUUGAUGUGCAAUACUUUAAGUUGCAAUAAAAUUUUU